AGCGGACCCUCACAGAGGAUUAUGGGUAAUCUGUAGCCAGUUCCUGUUUCCGGUUGCAGGAUUUGUAGCAGCCAAAAUGCCCGAGAGAGAGAGUGAGAUGUUUUCCAACCCUCUGGCCCCAGAUGGCCAUGAGGUGGAAGAUCUACAUUCAUUACAGUCAAAGCUGACUAAUGAAGACUUCCGAAAGUUGCUUAUGACCCCUCGUUCAACACCUUCUUCAGCUCCACCUACAAAAUCCCGCCAUCAUGAAAUGCCUCGUGAGUACAAUGAGGAUGAGGAUCCAGCUGCCCGAAGAAGGAAGAAAAAAAGUUAUUAUGCUAAAUUACGUCAACAAGAAAUCGAGCGUGAGCGAGAGCUGGCCGAGAAAUACAGAGAUCGAGCUAAGGAACGGCGAGAUGGUGUUAACAAGGACUAUGAAGAAACGGAACUCAUCAGCACCACAGCCAACUACAGGGCCGUGGGACCCACAGCUGAGGCGGAUAAAUCUGCAGCAGAGAAGAGGCGCCAGCUGAUCCAGGAGUCCAAGUUCUUGGGUGGUGACAUGGAGCACACUCACUUGGUGAAAGGUCUUGAUUUUGCUCUGUUGCAAAAGGUCCGUGCUGAGAUUUCCAACAAAGAAAAGGAAGAGGAAGAUCUGAUGGAGAAACCCCAAAAAGAAACAAAGAAAGAUGAGGACCCAGAAAACAAGAUUGAAUUUAAGACCCGACUUGGUCGCAACAUAUACCGCAAUCUGUUUAAAGGCAAGGCAUAUGAAAGGAAUGAGCUAUUUUUGCCAGGACGGAUGGCAUAUGUUGUGGAUUUAGAUGAUGAGUAUGCUGACACGGAUAUUCCAACCACACUGAUUCGGAGUAAAGCAGAUUGUCCCACAAUGGAGGCUCAAACCACUCUUACAACCAAUGACAUCGUUAUCAGCAAGCUGACUCAAAUCCUCUCAUAUCUGAGACAGGGAACCCGUAACAAGAAGAUGAAAAAGAAAGACAAAGGAAAGUUGGAUGAAAAAAAGCUUCCGGAGGCUGAUCUUACCAUUUUUGAAGAUAUUGGAGACUAUGUCCCAAGCACAACAAAAGCCCCACGGGAGAGAGAGCGAGAGAAGCACAGAGAAAAGGAGCGGGAUAGGGAAAGGGAGCGCCCAAGAGAGCGGGAGCGGGAACGAGAACACGAAAGAGAGAGGGACCGUGAGCGAGCUCGGGAACGAGAGCGCGACAGAGAGGAAGAAAAAAGAAGACACAGUUACUUUGAGAAGCCAAAAGCGGAUGAUGAGCCUAUUGAUAUUGACAUUGACAAGGGUCCUGGAUCUGCAAAGGAACUUCUUAAAUCCAUCAAUGAUAACUUUGCCAAUGCUCCUGGAUGGGAAGGAAUCGAGACAUUGAAGAAACAUGAAGACAAGAAACAACUGGGAGAUUUCUUUGGGAUGUGGAACAGCUAUGCUGAAUGUUACCCUGCAACCAUGGACGAUAUGGCAGUGGAUAGUGAUGAAGAAGUGGAUUACAGUAAAAUGGAUCAGGGUAAUAAAAAGGGUCCAUUAGGAAGAUGGGACUUUGACACCCAGGAGGAAUACAGUGAAUAUAUGAACAACAAAGAAGCCUUACCCAAAGCUGCUUUCCAGUACGGCAUUAAAAUGUCUGAGGGACGUAAAACAAGACGCUUCAAGGAAACCAAUGAAAAGGCAGAGCUGGACAGACAAUGGAAAAAGAUCAGCGCUAUUAUUGAAAAAAGAAAGAAACUGGAGGCUGAUGGGGUUGAAGUAAAAAGACCCAAAUAUUGAAAAUCCACUAUAUUGUUCAGUGUUUUCACUUCACAUUUUACUUUUUAUUUUUUUCUAAAGUCCAUUUAAUUAAAAAACUAAUUCAAUGUGUACAUGCAAUGUCAAUAUCAGUGCUGUAAAUAAAGCUAAAUAAACCCUAAGAAAAAUGUUCCAACUAAAUGAAAAUUAGAAUCACAAAACUGCAUUUGAUUUAUUACAGUUUAACAAUGUGUAUUUGCUACUAUUGAUUCCAAAAACUACAUUUAAUUUAUUAUAUUUUAAGUGUGUAAUUGCUCCUGUUCCCAUCAUUAACAGUAGUCUUAUGUUUUGAAAUACACAAAAUAUAGAAAUCUGUACCAUUUGUUUGAUUUUGUAUCUAGAGUGGCAUAAAUAUUGCCAGAACUUAUAGGGGCUACUUAUAAAAACAAAUUGUGCAAUAUUUCCAUAAAAUUUCUCACAUAUUUAAGCAUUCCAACCUAUUCUAUGGAGGUUUUAUAGCUUACCGAGGCUUUGCGGGCCUGUCGAUUCUUUCUAAUUCAUCUCAUCAGUAGCAGGGCACAUGAGCAAGAAAAACAGUUUACACCUCACAUAACAUCAAAGAUAACUGUGUUUAAUUUCAAUCACCCCCUAUUACCUUGCACGUAUAAGUGCAUUGGACAUAUUUGGAUAUAAAGAAGGGAUAUCCAGCAGUUAACUACCUGGCUUGUAAUAAACUACAACUCCCAGGAUUCUUAGAUUUUUAACCAGAGUUUCAUGGGAAUAGCGGUUUAAUUCUAAAGUUAAAGAGCUGCUUGUUGGAUACCUCUAGCACACAUAGUCUCUUGCAUCACAAAAGCAAAGUGGAAUCUAGUAAUACAUUUGAAAGUGUCCUUUGUUUGCAUGAUGUAAUGUAUUUCCAGAAAACCCAAUAAAAUCUUUAACACCA